CACAAUAUUAUCAAAAUUAUUAUUACUAUUAUUUUAUUAUAAUAUUAUUUUUAAAAUUCGAAUUAUAAGCUGAAUUUCUCUGGUUCAAAUUCAAACAAGCCCUAACUCCCUGGCAGGCUUGAAUCUGGUUCUUGCAAAUUCAAUUUCUUAUUUAUUUUAGGAAGUAUGGCGUCUUCAAAUGUUGAGCUAGAGCAACAGCUUAUGGACGCUGGAAAUAGGCUUCUGGAACCUCCUUCGUCAGUUGAUGAACUCCUUGCUCUUCUUGAUCAACUUGAGAAUUGUCUAGCAAGGGUGGAACAGUCGCCUGCAGAAUCCAUUCAAAAGGCGUUUUCUUCAUCACAGAAAGCUUUGCUUGCUGAUCAACUUUUCAAGCACUCAGACAUUGAUGUGAAAGUUUCUGUGGCUUCAUGCAUCAGUGAGAUAACGAGAAUAACUGCACCUGAUGCUCCUUAUGAAGAUGAGCAGAUGAAGGAAGUUUUUCAGCUGAUUGUAUCAUCAUUUGAGAUAUUAUCUGACAAAUCCAGUCGGUCAUAUGCUAAGAUAACAUCAAUUCUUGAAACUGUUGCCAAGGUCAGGUCGUGUGUUGUUAUGUUGGAUCUUGAAUGUGAUGCACUAAUUGUUGAGAUGUUCCAGCGUUUCCUCAAGUCAAUAAGGGAUCAUCAUCCUGAGAAUGUCUUAUCAUCCAUGGAGACAAUAAUGACUCUUGUUAUAGAAGAAAGUGAAGAUAUUUCUGUGGAGCUACUAACCCCAAUCUUAGAAUGUUUAAGAAAGGACAAUGAGGAAGUUCCGCCUAUUGCUCAGAAGUUGGGGGAGAGUGUGCUUGAAGCCUGUGCCGCAAAGGUUAGACCAUACCUACUAGAGGCAGUUCAAUCGACAGGCAUUUCUUUAGAAGAUUAUAGUACAGUCGUUGCUUCUAUCUGCCAGGAGGCCGCUGGUGCUGUUGAACAGAAUGAAGUUUCUAAUGAACAUAAGGUGCACAAAGAGAUUUCCAAAGAGGCUGCUUCUGUUGAACAAAUUGAUCCUGCUAAUGACAGUACAUCCAAGACAGUUGUGAACAAUGGUAUAACACAGACUGAAGAUGACUCUUCAAAAAAGAACAAGCAUGGUCUUCAUAAUGAACAGUCAAAAAGUGUAGAUUCGUUGAACAAUGCUGAACCUGAUAUUUUGGGCACUGAUAAGGUGGUUAAUGCAAAACAUAAGCCUGAACAAACUAGCAAGAGGAGAGGAAGGAAACCUCAUUCUUUGGUGAAAGUGACAGAACCUUCUGACAGUCCUCAUAUUGAUGGGGAAAUGGAAUCUGAGACACAUCUGGAUCUUAAAAGUGGCAGCAAGGACAUUCCAAGUUCACCUCGUGGGGAACAAUUGGUUGAGGGGGCUGUGUCUUCAGAAACUGAAAAAGAAACCAGUAUUAAGAUUUCAUCCCCUAAGGCUACUGAAAGUGAAUCUAGAGAUGCUGUUUCCCCUUCUGCAAGUGGAAGCCUUCCUAAUGAAGGUCUUUCCCAAAGGAGCAGCCGAGCAAAGAGAAAAGAGAGUUUGGUUAAAGAGUCCACACCAUCUACAGAUGAUGUUUCCAGAAAGGCAUCCGAAGGAACAAGUGAUUCAGAAGCAAAACCACAUAAGCAGUUGGGAAAAAAGGUGCUUGCUGGGUCUGGUAAUGAGGAUAAAAUUCCAACUGGAGAAGGUUCUAAAAAAGAAAGCAGCACCUCUAAUGAUUCAGAAGCAAAGCUGCUGAAGUCAGCUAAGAAAGUUGAAGUCAGCAGCAACGAUGGAGAUGGGUUUGCUUUGAAGGUGCCAGAUGAUAAGAGAAGGAAGGAAAAAGCUAUUUCUGGAAAAGAUGCAACAAAAGAGGAUAAAGAAUUGAUUUCUUCACCAAAAUCAGCUGCAAAACUAAUUAAAGAUGAGCUUCGCUCAGAGGACACCCCUAAGACAAAUUCAAAGAGGAAGCGGACACCUGGCAAAGAAAAGGCAACUGAUACUGAGGAAUUUGGUGGGAAUCUUGUUGGUUCAAGGGUCAAAGUAUGGUGGCCGUUAGAUCAAAUGUUUUAUGAAGGUGUUAUUAAUUCAUUUGAUCCUGCUAAGAAGAAGCACAAGGUUUUAUAUGAAGAUGGUGAUAUAGAGACUCUGAAUCUUAGAAGAGAGAAAUGGGAGCUCAUUGAUGGCGAUUCUGACUCUGUUGAGGAACAACCAGCUGAUACCCCAAGUCAUGAUACUUCCUCUGAAACACCGCAGAAGAAAAAAGUGAAAACGAGUUCUGAUCUGUCUACUAAGCAAGGAAAGAUUGAAGCUUCAUCAAAGAGGGGUGAAGGGGUUUCCUCUAGCAAAUCCAAAGGUGCAUCCUUGAGAUCUGCUCGUAAAUCCAAGGAGGAAGGUAAAGUUGAUGGCAAAUCCAAAGAUGGUUCUAAGAGUGCUACUAAAUUAGAGAAUGACAACAAUAGCAAAAUUAAGGAUCAUGCAUCAAAAAGCGGUGGUAAAUCAGUUGAUGUUUCACCAAAGUCGGCAAGCAAAUCCAGGGAGGGUGUCUCUGGCUCACCCAAAAUAUCCAAAUCCAAGCAAGACAGCUCCCCACAAACUGGCGGCAAGUCCAAGCAAGACUCCUCACUGCAGACUGGUGGCAAGUCCAAGCAAGACUCCUCCCCACAGACUGGCGGCAAGUCCAAGCAAGACUCCUCCCCGCAGACCGGCGGAAAGUCCAAGCAAGACAUGUCCCCGCAGACUGGGGGCAAGUCCAAACUAGAAACUCCUAAGAUAUCUUUCAAUGCAAAGACUAAGCCCCAAAAAUUGUUGUGAAAUCUAACGCUAAUGGCAAAUCAAAACCCAGUUCAUCAAAGGUGAAAGAGAGCGAGGAUAUAAAGAAUUCAGCUGAUUCUGACAAAGUGUCAGAAAGUACGAAGGGUAAUUCACCAAGUCCAUCCAAGACACAAGGAAGCGAGGUGAAUCCUGGGAAAAAGCGACGCAGAGGAUCUAGAAGUUGAUUUUCUAAAGCUAUCAUCCAUGUCCAAGUGCUGCACUCACAGUAAACCAUUGCAUUUGGUUUUUGUUAUAAUCUGUGAGACGACAACCUGGUCAUGGCUAGCCUUGUGACAUCCACAGUUAGUCUAGUUUAUAGGCUUAGUUAGUUUUUUAUGCUUCUAUUUUUGUCUCUAAAUUGGAACAUUUUCAAAUGCUGCCCAAGCCACAGUAGUUUACAUUGGAUUAGCUCUGUUAAAGGAACUACUUUUUAUUGAUAGCGUAAUAGAUUCAGAAACUUUCUCUAGGCAAA